AUGGCCAGCUCGGCUUCCCUGGAGACCAUGGUGCCCUCGGCCUGUCCCCGCGCCGGAGGAGCGUCACCGGCCACCUCCAAGACGCUGGCCUUCUCCAUCGAGCGCAUCAUGGCCAAGACGUCGGAGCCCCGCGCGCCCUUCGAGCCCCGGCCCUCCGGGGCGCUGGAGGCAGACGGCGGCGGCCAGGGCAAGAAACUGCUCAACCUCUGCUCGCCGCUGCCCUGCAUGCUCCCCCUGCAGCCCCUGGGCUACGACAUGCCGUCCAAGACGCUGCUCAGCUACUCGGAGCUCUGGAAGAGCAGCCUCCGGGCGGGCGGCGGCGGCGGCGGGGGGGCCCCGGUGUGCGGCGCCAGCGGCUUGUGCAAAACCAACUGUGGCGUGUGCUGCAAGGCCGAGCUGGGCCUGCCGCCCGCCGCGCUGCCCGCCGGCCGCGUCAUCAAGCCGCAGGUCAUCCACCACCACGCGGCCGUGGGGCUGCCGGCCAGCGGCUCGCUUUACUACUUCAACUACCUGGACUCGGCCGCCUACCCGCCCUCCGAGCUGCUGGGCGGCCCCCUCUUCCCCUCCGGCCUCCUCAACGCCGCCGCGGCGCAGGCCCCCGCCACCGCCGCCGCCCUGGCCGCAGCGCACCCCAAGCUCUUCCUGCUGGAGAACGCCAAGCUGGCCGGCCUGGCCGCGGACAAGUUUGCCCACCCGGCGGCCCCCUACGCCCACAAGGAGCGCCUGCCCGCGCCGCUGGAGCAGGUGCUGAAGGAGAACUCGGCGCUGGCGGCCGAGCGAGGCGGCGGCGGCAAGGGCCACCAUGGCAAGCUGCCCGGCGGCGCGUCCGCGGACGGCAAGCCCAAGAACUUCACCUGCGAGGUGUGCGGCAAGGUGUUUAACGCGCACUACAACCUCACCCGCCACAUGCCUGUGCACACCGGAGCCAGGCCGUUCGUGUGCAAAGUCUGUGGCAAAGGCUUCCGCCAGGCCAGCACGCUGUGCAGACACAAAAUCAUCCACACCCAGGAAAAGCCUCACAAAUGCAACCAGUGCGGCAAGGCGUUCAACCGCAGCUCCACGCUCAACACGCACAUCCGCAUCCACGCGGGCUACAAGCCCUUCGUCUGCGAGUUCUGCGGCAAAGGCUUCCACCAGAAAGGGAACUACAAGAACCACAAGCUGACCCACAGCGGCGAGAAGCAGUACAAGUGCACCAUCUGCAACAAGGCCUUCCACCAGGUCUACAACCUGACCUUCCACAUGCACACCCACAACGACAAGAAGCCCUUCACCUGCGCCACCUGCGGUAAGGGCUUCUGCAGGAACUUUGACCUCAAGAAGCAUGUGCGCAAACUGCACGACAGCGCGGGCCCCGCCGCCCCCGCCGCCGCCAAGGACUUGGCCCGGACCGUGCAGAGCUGA